CCCAGGCCCGGCCCCGCGCACGCGUGGAAAGUUGGCCUGGAACCGGCCCGACCAUUCUGCCUGGGCGCGCGGACCGGCCGCAGGAAGUUGGUGCAAAACUUUUUUGGGGGUGCAGCCGGUGCCCCCGCGCGCCGGGCCCGGAUGCGUGCCGGGUAGGGUCCCCCCGGGCCGAGAGGGGUGCCCGGAGGGAGGAGCACGGAGGGGCGCCCCGGCCCCGCUGCCCUGGGGCUAUGGCCAUGGUGACCGGCGCGGGGCGGCCCCGCAGCGGCGGCGGCGACACGAACGGCGUGGAGGCGGGCGGCUACCCGCGCGCGGCCGAGGAAGACUCGGCCUCACCUCCCGGCGCCGCCAGCGACGCUGAGCCGGGCGACGAAGAGCGGCCGGGGCUGCAGGUGGACUGCGUGGUGUGCGGGGACAAGUCGAGCGGCAAGCACUACGGCGUCUUCACCUGCGAGGGCUGCAAGAGCUUCUUCAAGCGGAGCAUCCGCCGCAACCUCAGCUACACCUGCCGGUCUAACCGUGACUGCCAGAUUGACCAGCAUCACCGGAACCAGUGCCAAUACUGUCGCCUGAAGAAGUGCUUCCGGGUGGGCAUGAGGAAGGAGGCCGUGCAGCGCGGCCCGCCCCACUCCCUGCCCGGCGCCGUGGCCGCCUCCUCCGGCAGCCCCCCGGGCUCGGCGCUGGCGGCGGCGGCGGGCGGAGACCUUUUCCCCGGACAGCCGGUGUCGGAGCUGAUCGCGCAGCUGCUGCGCGCCGAGCCCUACCCCGCGGCGGCCGGGCGCUUCGGCGCGGGCGCGGCGGGCGCGUUCGGCGCCGGGGGCGGCGGCGGGCCCGUGCUGGGCAUCGACAACGUGUGCGAGCUGGCGGCGCGGCUGCUCUUCAGCACCGUGGAGUGGGCGCGCCACGCGCCCUUCUUCCCCGAGCUGCCCGUGGCCGACCAGGUGGCGCUGCUGCGCCUCAGCUGGAGCGAGCUCUUCGUGCUGAACGCGGCGCAGGCUGCGCUGCCCCUGCACACGGCGCCGCUGCUGGCCGCCGCCGGUCUGCACGCCGCGCCCAUGGCCGCCGAGCGCGCCGUGGCCUUCAUGGACCAGGUGCGCGCCUUCCAGGAGCAGGUGGACAAGCUGGGCCGCCUCAUCGACUCGGCCGAGUACGGCUGCCUCAAGGCCAUCGCGCUCUUCACGCCCGAUGCCUGCGGCCUCUCGGACCCAGCACACGUGGAAAGCCUGCAGGAGAAGGCGCAGGUGGCCCUCACCGAGUACGUGCGGGCCCAGUACCCGUCCCAGCCGCAGCGUUUUGGGCGUCUGCUGCUGCGGCUCCCCGCCCUGCGUGCUGUCCCCGCCUCCCUCAUCUCCCAGUUGUUUUUCAUGCGCCUGGUGGGCAAGACGCCCAUCGAGACGCUGAUCCGAGACAUGCUGCUGUCAGGAAGUACCUUCAACUGGCCUUAUGGCUCAGGCCAGUGACUUCACGGGGCCCGGUGCGCUGUGGCUGGGUCUGCAGACCUCAAGGGAUACGGAUGCUUCGGCCUCGGGCGGGGCCCCCCAGCGGAGGACCCUGGCUUCUCUUCUCAGACUCCUAUUUUUUAAAGACUGUGAAAUGUUUGUCUUCUCUCUGUUUUUUAAAUGAUCACGAAACCAAAAAGAGAGUGCUUGUCCAGGCGCCAGCCCCGGCCUCCUCAGAACUCCUGGCCAAAAUAAGAAGGGGAGGGACUGAGGGCUCCCCUCCUGGGACAGCCUGUAGCUCAGCGCCCCAAGCACGAACUUUUGGGACGGUGGGGGUUGGCUUCCCUGGUGUGAUGGACAAAGGCCUGGUGGCUGGACUAGCUGGGCGGCCGCAGCCGGGCAGGGUAGUAUCUAUCAGGCAGACCCUCUGGACACGUAAUCCACGUUGGACACUACAUGAUGAAUGAAUCAAGGCCAAUAAUAAAGCUAUUUCCUAACUGCA